AUGAGCUCGCGUUCCCCGUCGCGCCGCGCCGCCCGCCACGCGCCCGCCCUCGGCGCGCUCCUCGCGCUGCUGCUGGCGCCGCGCGGCGCGCAAGCAGAGCUGGUCGAGUCCUUCACGCCCGGCGGCCCGGCGGACCCCGGGCGGUGGCUGCUGGCCGGGGGCGCCGGCGGCGUUGGCAGGGGCGACGCGGCCUCCGCAGUGCUCGAGCAGGGCGGGCAGCGGGUAAUGGAAACGAAACGUAUGGUGUCGGACGGGACGGGGGUGCCCGCGGUCUUCUACUACAAGUUUGUCCCGUGUAACACGGCCCCGGCGGCGCAGCUAGCGGUCGACGGCUGGGCCGAGGGCCGCGGCUGGCGGCCGCUGUGGUCCAGGGCGGGCGCUAACCUGGCAGGGGAGGGGUGGACCAAGGUGAAGGUCAGGCCGCCCCUGUCCGCGGCCGGCGCGUUCGCGCUGAGGUGGACGUACCGCGGGGCGCCCGGCAGCGACUGCAGGCUGUACAUCGAUGACGUCACCCUGCCGGCCGCCGGCGACGGCGCCGAGGGCGCCGGCGCGGCCGCAGGCGCAGGCGUGGGGGCAGCGGGCGCGGGCGCGGCGGGGGCGGCGUUCCUGCCGGCGGCGGGCCCCGGCGACCGCUUGCUGCCCGCGGUGGCGGCCUCGGCCGCAUCAUCACCAGAUGCGGUGCCCCUCAUAUCGCCCAUCUCGCCAGCGCCCGCCGCGCCCCAGCCGGGGCCGCCCUCGCCCCUGCUGUUGGGCCCCGUCGCCGGCCCGCCUGCGCCCGCGUCGCCGGCGCCGGCGACUGCGCCGGCCGCUGCGGCGGCGGCUCCAGGGGCGGGGGCGUUCAUUGAAGCCUUUCGCCCGUUGAACCCGGCCGACCCGGCGACCCCGAAGGUCAUCCCCGGGCUGUGGCAGAGGGCGGGUCAGAUCGUGGACAACGGCCGCGGCAUGGGGUUUGAGCGCCUGGGGAUGAACCUUGAUCUGCAGAGGAACAAGGUGGCGCAGACGUCGCUGCUGGCGGGGACGCCUGGCGCCGACACGGCCGUCACUUUCUACUAUAAGGUGCGGUGGCGCGGCCCGAC